UGCUGCUUCUCCACCACACACUUUCCCCAUUCCCCAUGAGCUGCGAGGAGAUGAGCCGCCGCCGCCGCCGCCUUCCACCAUCGCCGGCGGCCGCGCCGCCGCUGGAGGACGAGAACCUCCUCUCUGAGAUCCUCCUCCGCCUGCCCCCAGAUCCGUCCUCCCUCCCUCGCGCCUCCGUCGUCUCCAAGCGUUGGCGACGCCUCAUCUCCGACCCCGGCUUCUCCCGCCGCUUCCGCCUCCACCACCGCCGCAACCCUCCUCUCCUCGGAUCCUUCAGCCAUUUAUACUUCGUACCCACCAUGGAGGCCCCCAAUCGUGUCCCGGAUGGCCACUUCUGCUUGCAGGUCGACGAAGACGAGGUCACCGACCACUUCAUAUGCCUCGGGUGCCGCCAUGGCCUCGUGCUCAUCUUCCAUGUGAGGCGGCUCCAGGUCCUGGUGUGGGACCCCGUCACCGGCGAACUGCAUCGCGUUGCCGCUCCCCCGGGAUUCGAUGCGAAGGAGAGGCCGAUUAGCGGGGCGGUCCUUCGCGCUGCUGGAGACAUCCAACACUUCCAGGUGGUAUUGGUAACCACACAGACAGACGACCAACAGCAUACACGAGCGAUGGCCAAGGUUUACUCGUCGGGGAGUGGCAACUGGGGUGAUAUCUUCUCAACACUGCUUCCAUCCCAGGCUUCUAGGCACGAAAUUCCCACCAUGAUCGGUAUAGAAUUUCCUGCUGUCCUAGUUGGGCAUUCCCUUUACUGGUUGCUUACUGACAGUCGGGAUGGCAUCCUCAAGUUUGAUUUGGAUAGGCAGAGCUUAAGUGUGAUACAUGUGCCAGUGAAUAUCUAUGCUCAUGGUAAUUGGCAGUUCACGGUUAUGCGGGCGGAGGGCGGUGGGCUUGGUGGCCUCUUUCUGUCAAAAUUCACUGCCCAAUUAUGGAAGUGGAAGACCGGUUCUGAUGGUGUUGCGUCAUGGGUGCUGGGAAAAACCAUUGAACUAGACAAGCUCCUUUCCAUUAGUUCAAAGAAGAGAGAGCCUCCAAUGAUACUAGGGUUUGCUGAGGACAAUAAUGUGGUGUUCCUGUGGACAGAUUUGGACGUGUUCAUGAUCCAGCUUCAGUCAUUGCAGUUCAAGAACCUUGGCGAAACUAACAUCUUGUCUCGCUAUCAUCCACUUGAAAGUGUGUAUGCUGCAGGCAUGGGCAUUGGUGGUGGACGUGGUGGAGCUGAACUUCUGCCCAAUACAUAAGAUGAUUGGUCCGAUAGAUAUGCUAUCGUGAUGCAUUUGAUUGAGCAGGUAUCUAGAGUUGUGUUCUGGUGGCUGAGAUGGUGAGAUGGCUACUUCGGUUCCAUUUCUUCGUACACUCAACCUGGAAAUUGACCCUCUAUCUAGCAUGCACCGGUGAACUGCGAAGUUGACUAAGUUGGAAUAAAUCACAUGAUUUGCUAUCUUCAUUCUAUUAUCCAAUUUCUGUUCACAACUUGUCAACCGGCAUGAAGGUGUUCGAUGAAUCAGUACGUUGUGGUUCAUCUCCUUUAUUGUCGCACGUUAAUGCAAGCCCGUUUGUCGGUU